AUGGCAUUAGAGACCCCUCUCCAUGAGAACAAGAAAAAGGGAGCCCCUUCAAGGAAGGCAUUCCGGCAAAUGAGGGAACGACGAAGGGAAGGCAUCAUUAAAAAGGCCUAUGAGUAUAGCAAGUUAUGCGAAGCGGAUGUUUGUCUAGGCAUCCGAUUGAGGGGUUCUGGUCAGGUGUACACCUUUUUAGCUGAUCCGAGUGGGUUUUGGUCCUCCUUUGAGUCACAAUUGGAAAAGUACUAUCCUACGCCCAUUCGGAAAACAACCGAGGACAUUCUACGAUCGCGUAAUACCCAGCAAGGCCGCCAAGAGUCGGAGACAUCUGAAGGCAACAUCGAAUCUACAUAG